AGGGGGGGAGCCGAGAGUUAGACGAAGAGCUUUCGCCAAUAUCACAUCGCCAUUUAGUCGUUAAAUAACCAUUGUAGUUGUCAGUUUAGGAUAGUUUUGCUAUUUGAACGCUUUUAUUAAAUAUAUACGAAAUAUUGACCUCCUAACGGAUACUUUACAUAAAAGCAUAGUUGUCCCUCCCCUAAAUCGUAGUAAAGUAACGUUAUCCGUGUCUCUUGAUUGACGGGUCCAUAUUUAUUUUCCUGAAAGAACGGUAAAAAACAUUUUUUUAUUUUAAAUAAAGCCCUGUGAAACUGAAGAACGGUCAGCGAAAAAUAACGGAGGUGGAAAAAAUUGAAAUAUCAAGAAAGAUUGUUGGGAGCAUCCGAGGGACAAGUGUGAAAGCAAGAAAUCACUGAAAAAGAGACAAGAGUUGUGGCAUUUGCAUAUUUCUUUAGACGUCCUUAUUUUGUCAGAAUUUGUUUGUUGACUUAGGGGCUUGAACAAGUGACGCCAUGACGACGGAGAUGCAGGAGAUCGCCAUCACAGAGGAAAAACCUUUACUUCCUGGUCAGCCCGAUCCUACAAAGGAUGUUGAGGCUGCAGCUCGGAUACUGUUGGACCAGGGCCAGGAACACAGUAUUGAGACUCCACAUGGUCUCCUCCACGUAACUCUCCAUGGAACCUCCAACACACGCCGUCCUGCCAUCCUGACCUUCCAUGACGUGGGCCUGGACAGUAAAAGCUGCUUCUCUCCUCUGUUUAAGUUUGAGGAGAUGCAGGAGAUAGUGAAGAACUUUACCCUGGUCCACAUCGAUGCUCCAGGCCAAGAGGAGGGGGCUACCGCCUAUCCUAUGGGAUACCAAUAUCCGUCCAUGGAACAAAUUGCAGAGAUGAUCCCUGCUGUCCUGACAUAUUUCAAUUUCCGUACUGUCAUCGGAAUUGGAGUGGGAUCUGGUUCUUACAUUCUCUCCAGAUUCACAAUGGCCCAUCCAGACUCAGUUGAAGGUCUGGUUCUCAUCAACAUGGAUCCUGAGACCAGAGGGUGGAUGGACUGGGCGGCCCAGAAGAUCACUACCCUGACCUCCUCCAUCACAGAGCAGAUCCUGAGUCAUCUCUUCAGCCAGGAGGAGAUGUCAGCAAAUGCAGACCUGGUGAGGUCACACAGAGAUCGCAUCUGUAAAGCCCCCAACCUCAUCAACAUUGAGCUGUUCUGGAGAAGCUACAACAGCCGCAGGGAUCUGAUCAUUGACCGUAACAGCAACUUCAAGUGUCCCGUGAUGCUGGUGGUUGGGGAUCAGGCACCUCACGAGGAGGCUGCUGUGGAGUGCAACAGCAAACUGGACCCAACAACAACCUCAUUCCUCAAGAUGGCCGAUGCUGGUGGUCUUCCCCAACUCACCCAGCCCAGCAAACUGACUGAGGCGUUCAAGUACUUCAUCCAGGGGAUGGGCUACAUGGCAUCGUCCAUUAUGACGCGUCUGUCUCGUUCGCGCACCGCCUCACUGUCUUCCUCCUACUCCAUGGAUGGGGAGCGUCAGCGUUCUCGUACCCUGUCUCAGAGCUCUCAGGGUGGGCAGAUGCCCCCCAGCCCCUCCCAUACCAUGGAGGUGUCCUGCUGAAGAGCGAGCGAGAGAGAGAGAGAGAGAGAGAGAGAGAGAGAGAGAGAGAGAGAGAGAGAGAGAGAGAGAGAUGGAUGGAGAGCUAAAGGGAUGGAGAGCAAGAUGUAUGGGUGUGGUGGGUGAGAGUGGGACGAUAGCAUUUGUCACUAACCCACUCCCACAUCUCUUAAUCCUGUCAUUCCCCCAGACCAGCUAACAGAAAGAGACAGAGAGACAGAGGGAGAGAUAUGCAAAAGUAGAUAUUGUAAAAGUAGAGGGACAGAGGGAAAAUGUAAGACCGUUAAUGAAACACUGUCCUCCCACAAUUCAUCUCAUUCUAAAACUGUCCUCCCACAAUUCAUCUCAUUCUAAAACUGUCCUCUCACAAUUCAUCUCAACCUCACCUAUUCAUCUCUUUAGAGAGAAAGAGAGAGAGAGAUCUUCACCUAGACAGCGAAGGAUAGAGGGAAUGGAUAAAUGAAAAUAGGGAAUGGAAGAAAGGGAGAAUUUAGGAACAAGGGAAUAUAGAAAAAGGGUAGCAAGGAAAGGGCAUUUUAGGGGUGUCGGCCAGUCCUCUCUCUCCCUCCCUCUAUCGGAAAGUCUGUCAGCCAAUAGAGCCCUUUAACCUAUGGAGUGGGAAGGGUCUGUUAGUGACCUCACCGUAGUGUUAACUAAUAGUAAUAAUUAUGAUACUGAGAAUUAUGACUAUGAUAUUAAUGCUAUUAAUAAUUAUACUGACAAUGAUGUAAUAGUAACGUUAUAACAAUUUUUCUCUUUAAUUUUAAAGUUUGAAAUAUUAUGAAAUAGAAGAAAAGACGUUAGCAGAAAUACUUAUAAUGAAAAUGUGUGUGUGUGUGUCAACUCCUUUAAUCAAUUUGUUAUGAUUUUUUGUAUUGUUGCUUUUUGUAACCUGCCUCAGUGAAGGGGUGAGGCUUCUCAUUGGUCAUGUGAACCUUAACCAUAGCAACAGCCAAUGAAAGUCUACUUCCGCCUCGCUGUUGCCGGGUAGAUCAUGUCUUCCAUUAGCCCUGUUCAAGUGACACAUUUUUGUUCCCAUGACGGGAUUGGGGUGGGCGGGUAAGGGGGGUGUGGUUGUUUGACUGUGUGGAGCAUCUGCAUGCCUGAUCUGAUUUCAGCCAAUGUGAAUAUAGACGGAAUGUUUCCUUUUCUUUUGUAUGCAAAUAUGGGUUUGUUGGUGUGUGUGUGUGUGCACAUGUGUGUUUGUUAUUAAGCUUUUGGGCAAAGAUUAGCAGAUGACGAUGAUGAGGAUGGAUGAAGAAGAGUGACAUUGUUAGUGAGUUAUCAGUAACAAGUGCUUCCAAUGCUGCUGGCAGUCCCAGACUCGACCAGCAGGGUUCACUGUGUUUGUCCAAUAGUCUUUAUGACGACAUACAUACAUGUACCUGCAUGCUAUGGAGUGAAGUUUACCUCUAGCUACAGAUCUAGGAUACGCUUCCCCUCUACCAAUCCUAACCUUAACCAAUAGUGAAGAAAAUGCUGAACUGACCCAAGAUCAUCAUCUGUGGGACAACUUCCCCCUAUUCCAGCCUGCAUAUACCUCACUACUAACAUACUUUAGUCUUCAUCAAAGAGAUAAGAUAGAAAAUUCCUUGUUGAACAAGCACACUGUACAUGUUGUGUGAUAGCUAGAUGUAGGCAUUGCAUAGCCCUAUAGUGAUGCACUCACCGAUCAAGACUGACAGCUCAGAGCACCAAUACCAAGUCUAUGACUUUGACUGACAGCGCAGCGAACCAAUACCAUGUCUGUCUGUUUGACUGUCAGCUGAGAGAACCAAUAGCAUGUCUCUCUGAAGUCAGGAGGUAUGUGGAGUGGACAGUACUGGACUAGAGUAUAGAGGUAUCCGUAUAGAGCAGGGAGUGUGAAAUAAGGCAUUAUUGUGUGGCUCUUUGUGUGUUCCAGGGUGUUUGUGCGUGUUUGUGACUGUGUUUAUGUGCCGUGCAAGUGUGUGUGCAUUUGAACGCUCUCAUACCUUCUAAGCACAAUUUAAGAGACAAGAUGAGGAAAGGAUAGAACCCAUCCCCUCCCAUUGGACCUUAUAAAUCAACAAUGAACCAGCCCCUACACUGCCAACUCCCUAACCCUUACGCUACACCCUAACCAUAGACCUAGAGGAUGACUGUCCACACUCAUCAAUUCAUACUAUAGGAACCCUUCUCUGUAUGGAUCUCAGAACAGUUACAAGUGUUGUAGACUUGUCAUAUCCUCAAAGUCAAAGCUAAAAACAGUUUUAUAGGAUUGUUUUAUAGGAUUGUAAUACACUUUCAGUGAAAACUGAAUGUUAAAUUGUCAAUGUGAUCUGCAUAUAGUAAAAGGUACAUCCAUGUGAAGCUUAACACUGCCCUGAUCCUAACCAAUGGACUGAACACAGUUAUUCCACCCAAUUACAGAAAACACUUGGGAGAGCUGUGUGUAUGUUUUCCAGUGUGUGUGUGUGUGCGUGCAAUGUGUGUGUUUGGUUUCCGUAGUUCCGUGCAAUCAUUAAUAUGGCUUAUAUAACGUUUUAAAAGUAUUACUUUCAAUUUGAGAAACCUGUUUGCUCGUUUCCGGUUCUCUUCAGAGUUCCGCCCCCUUCCUCUCUUUUUAUAGUAGUCUGGCUGGAUGGUUGUUGAUGGAGAUACUGAGGAUAGGUCGGUUAAGGGUAUUCUGAUGAUGAUGUUCCUAGAUAAUAAUUGGAACAUUAUGUUAAUGAUAUUUAGGCUCCUCCUAGUCUUGCAUUGAGAAUCAACCAAUCUGGAAUGGGAGCCUCGACUAACAAAUGAGAAAUGGGUGGAGCCUAAUAGUUUACCAAUAAAGGGAAAUGGGGGGCUUACUGUUUGAGUUGAGUGGGCUGGGCUGUGUGAAUGUAUGCUUGUCCAUUUCUUCUUUUUACUCUAAUUUUUUCCUUCAAUCAUACUCUUUUGUCCUAUUUUGUUGUUGACCAUUUAGUUUUAUUAAGUGAAGUGUUAGUUUACCGCCUCAGUGUGCUCACAAGUUAGACAAGCGUGUUCGUUCUUGUGUAACUUUUUUUUAGCAAAAGCACUAAACAAAAGGGAGAAUAAUAUAAAUGAUUUUGAAACAGAACACAAUCAAAUUUACUUGUGUGGCUAAUUUGUCUGUGUAAUAAAAUAAACCUAAAACAUUAAUGAGUAGUAAUAAAAGACAAGAAUAAAUCUUGA